AUGGCUGAAGCUAGAUUUUCAGAUAUUGAUAAUCAAUUUGCUGGAGGUUUGGAUAUUUAAAAAAUAGCUAAAUUAGAUAAGUUAUUAUCAAAAGUGGAUCAUGAUUUUAAACAAAAAUAAUCUAAAGAUCUUACUAAACCAAAAUUAAUGGAAUUAAUGAAAACAAUGCAUGAAAUAUAUUAGAUAGUUUUAUAUGAAAUUAGUGAAAUGCUAGAAGUUGCACACUUUAGUGAAUUGAGAUAAGCUUUAAAUAAAAUUUAUAAUGGCUAGAAUUUGAUUGUUCAUUAUAUAUUAAAGUAUGUAUAUUUGUUCAUAAAAUAGAAUAAAUACUAAUUUUGAGGUACAACCUGAUAAAAUGCUUGAAAGUUUAUAGAAAAAUAUGAUAUAAGCAAGAAGAAAAUCUGUUGAUUAAUCUGAAGAAAGAGAAACUAAUAAAAUGGCUCAUUAAAUAGUGUAACUGUAACCUGUAGUUAAGAAGAUGGUUAAGAAAGUUUUUGCAGAAAAAUGGACUGAUACUGGAGAAGAUAUGAACAAUGCUAGAAAUCAAGAUCAUCUUAUAAAAAAGCAAAAGGAAUUAAUGGAUAUUUAAGAUGAUUUAGAUGAAGAUAGUUAAAAGAUAGCUGAAUUCUUAAAAAAUAGAAAACUUGAUUUAAUGGCUGUUGGAGAAUCAAAAGCAUAAGCUAAUUUAAAAGAAGUGUUGAAAGAUCUAGGAAAAAAAAGAAGAAUUACACAUGAAAUUGAUGAUGAGGCUGCAGAAAUAGAGGAAUAAUAAAAUAAAGAAAGAGAAUAGAUAUUUAAUUUAGAAAACACACUUAUGGAUAGUAUAAGAGGAGUAUAGAAAUAAGCUUAAGAAAAAGCAUUAUAAGAUAUUAAAGCAGGUAGAGCAUUAAUGAAGAAUGGAUAAUUAGUUUAUAUGGAAGGAGUGGCAAGUUAGACAGAUAAAAUGAAAAUAGAAAUUGAAUUCUAAGAAAAAAUGUAGUAACAUAGAAAAGAAGGAGCAGAAAGAGAAUCCAAGAUUUUAUAAUUAGAAAGAAAGGUUAAAGAUUUAGGUAUUGAAAAAGAUGCAUAUAUUCAAUAAUUGAGCAAUAUAAACAAUCAAUUAACUAAAGCAAAUUUAGAAAGUAGAAAAUUAUAGGAAUAAUUGAAAUCAAAAGAAAAGGCAAAUAAUGAAUAAUAAGCUGUAAUUAAUAAAACAGAUUCAGAAAAAAUAAGAAAAUUAGUUGAAGAUAAUAUAAAGAUGAAAUUCAGAAUAAAAAAUCUUAUAGAUAAUGUUGCAGGUUUAGAGAAAGAGUAUAAUAGAAGUUUAGAAAGAUUUAGAUUAUUUGUUUAAAAUUCUAAUAUAAGUGAAGAUUAAAAGAAAUUGAUUUUGAAUUAAUUAGAUAAUCUAUUGAGGUUUGAUUUUAAUGAAAAAUUAAAUUUAUAAGAGAUGAAAGAAUUAAUGGUAGUAGAUGAUUUAUUAAAAGAUCCUAUAUUUAAAUAAAUUUGUGGAUCUGAUAUUUCUGCAAUAACUAGAUAAGUCAAAAAAGAUGAAUUAACAAGAAAAUAAAAAUUAGCAAAAGUACCUUUUUAUGAUCCUUUGUUUGAUCCUGAAUAUUUAAAUCCUGGAGAAAAAAUAAUCACUAGAAAGGUCAUGAAACUUGUUAAAAGGUAAAACACAUAAGGAGAAUGGAUAGAAGAAGAAAUGGAAGUAGAAGAAGAAGUUGUUGUAAAUGCAUAAGGUGAAGAAUUAAGAGCUAGAGAUAAGCCAAUUAUUAUUUAAUAAUCUAAAUAAACUUAAUAAUUUUUAGAAUAAUUUGGUGGAUUUGCUGUUGGAGGAGCUAAAAUAAAGAUUCCAACAAAACCUAUUACAAAGGAUGGACGUUAAGUACAAUUGAAUGAAUGGUUUGAAGACAGUUCAGGUAAAAAAGUGAGGAAGGUCUAAGCUAAAGAUGGAGAAGAAACAUAUGAAGUAUAAGAAGAAUAUAUAGAUGAGAAUGGAAAAAAAUAAAUAAGGAUUAAAUAAAUGAAAGUAAAGAAAGAUAAAAAUGGAAAUGAUUAUGUUGAAGAAGAAUUUGUUGAUGAAAAGGGUAAAAAACAAAAAGUAGCUAAAGUAUUUAUAAUAUAAUAAUAAUUUAGAGAGUAACAAAAGACAAAGAUGGUAAUGAUAUUAUUGAAGAAAUCACUAUUGAUGAAUAGGGUAAUAAAACAACAAAAAAAUAAAAAGUAUAUAAAGAUAAAGAUGGUAAUGAGGUUGUAGAAGAAGAAAUUACUGAUUAAUUUGGUAAUGUAACAAAAGUUAAAAGAAAAAUAGUUAAAGAUGCUAAUGGAAAUUAAGUUAUUAUAGAAGAAAGAACUGAUGCAAAUGGAAAUAAAUCUAUAGCUACUAUUAAAAAGAAUCAAUUUGGAUAAGAUAUUAUUUAAGAAUAAAUUAUUGAUAAAAAUGGAAAAAUACAAUAAGUGGAGAAAAAAAUGAUUGUGGAAAAUGGAAUUGCUAUAACAGAAGAAGUUAUGUUAGAUGAAAAUGGAAAUAAAAUUAUUAAAAGAACUAAAAUUAAGAAAGAUGAAAAUGGAAAUGAUAUUAUUGAAGAAGAAACUAUUAAUCCUGAUGGAACUAUUACUAUCAAAACAUCUAAAAAGAAAAAGAAUCCUGAUGGUACAUAUACGGUAGAAACAGAAAUCAUGGACUAAAAUGGAAAUGUCACUGUUGUUAAACAACGUUAAUAUAAAGAUAAAAAUGGAAAUAUUAUUACUGAAGAAGAAUCAAUUGAUCCUUAAACAGGAGCAAAAAUUAUAACCAAAACAAUGAAAGAUUAAAAUGGAAAAGAAAUUGUCUAAAAAUAAAUUGUUGGUGCAGAUGGAAAAAUUACAAACACACAAAAACAAGUUUAGAUUGAUAAGGAUGGCCAUCCUAUUGAAGUUGAAAUUAUACAAGGGGAAAAUGGAUAAUAACAAACUGUAUAAAGGAAGGUUUAUAAAGAUAGAAAUGGAAAUGAAAUUAAAGAAGAAAUUAUAACAGAUGAAUAAGGAAAUAAAAGAUUAAUUAAAACAAGAGUUAUAAAAGAUAAAGAUGGAAAUAAUAUUAUUGAAGAAGUAACUACUAAUGCUGAUGGAAGUAAAAUGACAGUAAAAAAAAAAUAAUAUAAAGAUAAAGAUGGACUUGAAAUUACAGAAAUAGAAACUAUUGAUGCUGAUGGAAAUAAAGUUGUUAUUAGAACUAAAAAAGGAUAAAAUGGAGAAUAAAUUAUAGAAGAAACUAGAAUUGGAAAAGAUGGUAAGGUUGAAAAAAUAAUAAAAAAAUUUAAUAAAGAUAAAAAUGGUAAUAUCGUUGUAGAAGAAACUUAAAUAUCUUCAAAUGGAACUAAAACUGUAAAAAUAAUAAAAUUAGGUACAGAAGAUAGAGAAAUUUAGACUGAAGGAAUCUUUGAUUUUAGUGAUUAAUCUUAAUCAUUGUUAGAUUAGAUUUUAGAGUAAUUAGGUAAUAUGGGAUUGGAAAAAAGUAAGUAAGAAUAAAUUAAAAAUUGGGUGAUGCUUAAAUAACAACUUUAAGUAAAGAGAACAACAAAAUAAUAAUAAUAAUAAGUAUAAUAACAUGAUUCUGAUGAAGAAGUAUUAAAACCUCGACCUUCAUCUGCAUAAUCUAAUAAUUCCUUAGAUUCUUUGGAUGAAGAUUAAACAGAAGAAGAUUAAUCAGAUAAACUUUAUUAAAGAUUAAUGCAAUCAAAAAAUGGGUAAAUGGGAGAAAUUUUGAGAUAAAUUAGAAAUUAAUUAGGAAAACAAGGUAAAUAUUAUUUUUAUAAUAUUUAAUUAGGAAAUGAAUAAAUAUCUGUUGAAGAAUUUAGAGAGUAUAUGAAAAAAAUGAGAUAAAUUCAUGCUCGUUGUGGUGAUAAUUGUCCUCAUUUAAGAAGAUUUUAUUAAAAAAUAGGUUUUGCAACAAAAAAAUAUAAGAGGAGAUUCUUAAAAAUGAAUUUAACAAAAAUAGAUGCAAAAACUAAACUUCCUUAGCUUUAGAACUUUAGUACAAUAAAGUGA